CUGUCUCCCUGAACUUCAGGUGAUCAUCUCCAUUGCGGGAAACAAUGGCGUCUCGCAGGCGUAUGCUCCUCAAGGUCAUAAUCCUCGGUGAUAGCGGGGUUGGAAAGACGUCACUGAUGAACCAGUAUGUGAAUCGCAAGUUCAGCAAUCAAUACAAAGCUACCAUUGGAGCGGAUUUCCUGACAAAAGAAGUUCAUUUUGAUGAUAGGAUGUACACAUUGCAGAUAUGGGAUACGGCUGGACAGGAACGGUUCCAAAGUCUUGGUGUGGCUUUUUACCGAGGAGCAGAUUGCUGUGUUCUGGUAUAUGAUGUCAACAUCAUGAAAUCUUUUGAGAAUUUAUCCAACUGGCGGGAAGAAUUUCUUAUCCAGGCCAGUCCCUCUGAUCCUGAGAACUUCCCCUUUGUUGUUUUGGGGAAUAAGAUAGAUGUUGAUGGUGGCAAUAGUCGGGUGAUUCCUGAGAAGAAAGCCAAGGCAUGGUGUGCUUCCAAGGGAAACAUACCUUACUUUGAGACAUCUGCUAAGGAAGGGUUUAAUGUGGAUGCAGCUUUCCAAUGUAUAGCCAAAAAUGCUCUCAAGAAUGAACCAGAAGAAGAAGUAUAUCUGCCGGACACCAUUGAUAUUGGUGGUGGGCAUCUACACAGAUCAACAGGAUGUGAAUGCUGAUGAGCUGACUCAAUUUUGGGGCCUUGCUUUAUAUCCCCUCUUAAUUCUAAAAGUCAUCCAAAAUCCCACAUGCUGCAGAAGCCUUUCACACUGGGUUCCAACAUUUGAGGAGGAUUGGUGACAUUUGGCUCGAAAUUCACUUUUGUCAUUCUUUGGUACAUUUUCUUUUCACUUCUGGUGAUGAUUUUUUACAACCAAAAUUUACUAGUUGUUUGGUUCAGUGGA